UAUAUACCUAAAUAGGAGUUAAAUGAUUUUAACUCCUAAAUAGGACCUAAUUUUCUGUGUCUACCAUAUUUGCCCUUAAGUCUUUUAUUUUUACUUUUCACUGUGACAAUGUCAACAAAUUCUCACGCGAGGCAUCUCGGUCUCUUCCAGGGGAAGAGGAGCUUGGCCGGUGAUGCAAUCAGGAUGGUACAGCGACGCGCCAGCGGCAGUGCGGCGGCCGGACGGCAUGGCGACAUAGCGGCUGCGGCAGAAGGCCUAGGUUGUAUCGGGCAACUCGGCGGAGAUGGGAUGGCGACACCGCAACGGCAGCUGGCUGGAGGCCCUUCUCCUUUGAAUUCUUUAAUUUGGUUGUCCUCCUCCCUUCUCGGUGGUUCCAUGGCCACACAUCAGCUACGCCGAUCUUUAGUUUGUUCUUGUUCGUUCUUUUUGUCCGUUGCCCUGAUUUCAACCAUAUUUCAGAUCCGUGCUGUAUUAACAACGGAUUGUAGCAUUGUUUUUAAUUUCAACCAUCAUCUUCUGUAAUUUCAACUGUUAGGAAGCUGCAACUGUAGCAUCGUUUUUACUACAUGUUAAUUUUUUGUAGAAGAUGAAUUGCUGAAAUUCCCAAAUUCUUUUUAUUUUGAAGAUGAAAGUUUACAGGAUGUUUUUGUAAUCCUUUGAACCUUUUGGCUGUGAUUGAUAAAAAAUACCGAAUGAUUGCUUCCUUUUCUUGUUACUACUUACUACUCCGUAACUUUUGGACCUACA